UGUUUCUCGCGACCGUUGGGCUCGCGCGACAGGGCCUUUGGCGGUCGAGGGCGGCACGAUCUCUCACUUUUGCAUUUGCCUGCCAUGUCGGACACGACUAAGACUACGACCAAGACGACGCCGUCGGACGACGGACCUUCGGUGUUUGAGUCGGCGCGCACCAAGGUGAUGGACACGGUGCACAGCGCCGAGGAUUCGGUGCAGUCGACCUUCCACGACGCCAAGACCAAGGCGGUGAACGCCAAGGACAAGAUGGUCGACACAGCGUACGACGCCAAGGACAAGGUCUCGGACAAGGCGAGUGAGCUGAAGACCAAGGCCUAUGACGCCAAGGACAAACUGGCCGGCAAGGCGGACGAGGCCAAGGACGAGGCAGCGGACAAGACCCGCGAGCUCCACGAAAAGGCCGGCAAGACCAAGGAUGAGGCCAAGGACAAGGCAUCGAGCGCCGCGGCCGAGGCCAAGGACAAGACCCGCGAGCUCCAGGACAAGGCGGGCGAUACUGCUGAGACCGCCAAGGACAAGGCGUCGAACCUUGCGGGCGAGGCGAAAUCCAAGGCGCACGCGACCAAAGACGACACGCCAUAGGUGGCUGUCCCAUGUACUAGUGGCUGCACAUACUAGUGUGAUCUUGCCGAAUGGGAUGAGGAAGCUUAUUCUUUGUCAAUGUUCUCUGCGAGCAGGA